AUGGAUCUUACUGUUUUCGCAGUUAAUGAUGGAUUUGCUGAGGCUAUUCUUCGUGGCCUUCGUGCUUCCUUCAUUACCCAAGCAUAAUACACUUAAAUGAAGACCAGCAACAAUCUUCAAGAUCUUAAAUCCCACUUGGAAGAAACUGACUACGCUAAUUACUUGUAAAACGACGUCGUUGAAUUGACCAUUCCCUUAUUACGUUAAAAGUUAAAAAAGAAAUUAGCUGAUGAAUUAGAAUACAUCCAAGCUUAGAGUGUUGGCAAGUUAAAUGAAUUCAUUAAUAUGAUGAAACACAGAUACAUGAUUGAUAAUGUUGUUAACAUGAUCGAAGGUAUCAAGAACAAGGUUCACAAAGAUGAUUUAAUUGCUGCUGCUGAUCCUUUGGGUUUCUUCCCUGAAAUGACUUAAAUCAGUGUCUUUGAUAAGGAUGAUUAUUCUGAAUUGUAUUAAGAAGUUCUUAUUGAUACUCCUGUUGGUCCUUACUUCAUGAGAUUCUUAGAAUCAUGCAUGCACGGAGUCUCUGAAAACUGUGGCAUGAAUGUUGUCCAAGAAAUUUUCAAGGAAAUGAGACCCGAACACAUUAGAACCUCUCUCAAGAAGAUGUGGUUAGAAGAUUUCCAUGAGUAUUGUGUUGAAUAAUUAAACUCAACAAGUGCUGAAAUUUUAGAUGAUUUAUUGAAAUUCGAAGCUGAUAUGAAAUCUAUCCAAGUAGUUUAUAACACUAUCUAACACACUGUUGCUAAGAGUUAAGAAGUCAGAAAGUAACUCACUCCUGCUUUGGGUUACUUGUAUCCAGAUUGCCAAACUUCCUUGAAGAAUGCCAGAAGUUUGGAUGAAAUCAAGGAAGCUAUAAAGGGUUGCGAAAACUAUGGCAAUAUCGUUAAGGAUGCUCCUGAUCCUUCAAGAAAGGAAGAAUAAAACUUUGCUACUUCAUUAGAAGAUUUGAUGUAUGAUGAAGAAAUCAAGAGAUACUCUCUUGCAUUUGAUUAAGCUGCCCAAUAUGCAGUCUUCUAUGCAUACUUAAAACUUAAGGAAUAAGAAAUCAGAAAUAUUGUUUGGUUAGCUGAAAUGAUUACUCGUAAUUUACCUAAAAACUCUCCUGGAUGGAAAAAAAUUGUUGUUCCUUUUGACAGUUUACUUAACAUUAACUGA